UUCCAGUGGGGGCUGCAGGCGGCCACUCAGGCCUCAUUCCUUACCCCUGGACUGCCUUCAGCACCCCCUACGACCUGGAAGGAAAAGCCCUUGGAAGAAACCCAUGACCCAGGGUUACUUUAUCCUUUCUGUCUCGGCUCAGUCUCAGGCUCCCAGUUAACCCACCUGGGAGUGAUUUGUCCAAGCUGAGUUGCCAAGAAGGGGUGGGGCCUUCGGAGAGUUCAAGGCUGAGCAGGACCUGAGUGGUGGUCUGGGAGGGCUUCCUGGAGGAAACCUCAGGAACAAAAGAGGGGCACAGUUGACUCAAGGGAUUUUUCCCAGGAGCUGCUGCAGGGCCCCAGCAGGGUCCGCAGGCCCUGGAGGCCGCUUCCCUCCUUGGUACCUGUCAACAGUGGAUCUUGGGAGCUAACCAGCCCUCAUUACUCACUGCGCACUUCACUGGCCCUGAGUGAGCCGGCCUCAGAGGACUUCCUCGAGGUGGGCUUGCCUCCCUACUCCUCUUCUGGUCCUCUGGGUCCAGAUGCUCUGGAGGUUGCCCCCAGGGAGGAUGCCCCUUGUUCCUUGGGGGCACUUGGGCAGUGCCCCUGUAUGGGUGUGCAUGGAGGAAGAGGUCUUCUAGCUGUAAGUGUUUACUGGACACCUCUCGGGACCAGGACUUGAGGAUACAGCCCCAUAGGUCAUGUGAGGACUACCUGGCUUUGCCCUGGGUGGGACUGAGUGCAGGUGUGUUGUGUGUGUGUGCACAGGCAGGGCUUCCCUGGCAGCUAAGGCCCUACUGCUUAGUUUAGAAGGAGGCAGAUGCUCCCCAGGCAGGUGGAGGCUGGCCUGAGUGGAGGAGGGACACUCUAGGAGAAGGAAUGGAGGCUCAGGCUGGGGAGGCCUGUGGGGCCAGCACCCUCUGUUCAGGCCUGGCCAGAGCCUCUGAGGGCUUUAGCAGGCAGAGCACCUGGCCUAAAGGUGUGGUCCAAGAAAAAUGCCUCUGGCAGCUGUCCUGAGACUCACCGGUGCUCCUAACUCCCAGACCUUCUUCUGUCCCCUCACCUUCUCCUCUCUGGCCACCUGAUCUGUGGCCCUGCCCCUCAAGUCAGUCAAGGCCUGUGCUCUGUACCCUGCCCCAAAGCCCAGAUGUGUGUCAUGUCAACCAGCCCCCGCCACAAGUUUGCCCAAGGGGGUAUCAGGCCCAGGGCACUAGCAGUGGUGGUUGAUACUGGUACCAGGGCCCCCAGACCCAAGAGAGGCCACAGGAGCACAGGGACACACUUUAUAUCACUUUACUCCAAGAAUUCAGCUUUUAUUAUGCAGCCCCCCCAAUACCCUUAAAAGGGUUGAAAAUCCACAGCGUACAGUGGGUGUCCAGCUCACACUGAGGCACUGAGGGAAGGAAUGAAGGAUGGGUGCACUGGAGGAGGAAGCCUUGGGCUGAGAUGGAUGAUGUAUGUGGGGUACCACACUGCUCCCCCCAAUAUCUCACUCUCCCUUCAGACUUCACCUGGCUUCCUCUGGACUCCUAUGUCACCUUCUCAACUCCUUUCCAUUCCCAGGGCUCUAGUUGAGGGGGUCCUUUUGUCUCACCAGGCUGUUACUACCUAUGGCCUCCCUCCCUUAGCAAGGAGGUCUUUCUCUCCUACAAGUCUUAAGUCACCCCUCUCCUCCACUAGUCCUCCCUUGCUUCCGAGAUAAAGCCCAACUCCUUGGUUUGGCAUUCAAGGCUCCUUGUGUCCUGACUGACUACUCAUGUCUGACCACACUCUACCCCCUGCCCUCCUAAACCACCAUCUCAGCUGCUUCCCAUUGCCCCAAUGCACCAGGUCCUUCCACCUUUGCGAAUGCUGUUCCCUCUGCCCGUGAUGCCUCUGCUCUGUCGCAUGAACUCCGACCUUUCCUUAAAAGCCCAGCAUAAAUAGAUGACCACCUUCCUGGGAGUCUUUUGACUCCUUGCCCUUCCCGUCCCACCCAGGCCCCACCCACGCCGAGGAUGUCCUUGCCAAAGAGAAGCUCACACUCCCCGGUCCGCAGCCAGCCGCAGCGGUCCACCAGAGACUCGGGGCAGGCCCCGCCCCCGGGCAGCUCAGCCCCGCCCCCGGCUCCCACGGGGCGCCCCGGCUUCCGGCCCCGGGCCUCGCGGGCCGGAAGUAUAGCGUUGCCAUGGCAAGGGCCGGGUGCGGGGCCCGCCUCCACGGCUCCCGGAGUAGCGCGGGGCCGACUGACCAGCCCACGGGAUCCGAUCGACUGCGAGGUGGCGGCCUGCGCGAGGCGGAAGGCCAGUGGGAGCCACCUGCUGUCUGCAGCUUGACCGCCGACUCCUGCGAAGGGGAGGCCCUCCUGAAGACGCAGUUGGCAGGCCCGCUGUGCCCUCGGUGCCCUCGCUGCUUGGAGAGCCUCACCCCUGGGCACGGCGGGGCUGGGACCCCAGGACUCUGAGCACACGCCCUGCCCUGGCCUCUCUGUGGCUGCUGAGCCCGCCCUCUGGCCACACCUCCUCAUUAGCACCCAUGCACUGACCCUGGAAGGCAGCGGGAGGAGAUGGGAGGAAGGGCCAGGCCAUGGCUGCUUCCAGGCCCCGCCCAGGCUCCUGAGGCCUGGAAGGUGGGGGGCUUCUAGGCACCAGAGGCCUCUGCCCAUCGCGCGGCCCUCUCUUCCCCCUCGGCUAGGUGCCAGGAAGCUGCAGUUUUGUUAUCUGGGUAAUUAGCUUCAGACCCUGGACUGAGGCUGGCCAGGUCCCGGCUGCUUCCCGCAGGCUGUGCACCCUGACCCCAAGAGGGAGGCGAGGCCCUGCCUGUUGAGCGGCUGCGGUGCUGGGGCUCCUGAGAGGCAGGCUGCUGGCUCCAUCCCUCGCUGUCCUUUCUGCCUAGGGCCUGGUCACGGCGUGGGGCCACCUGACCCAGCCUUGCCAGGGGCAGAGGGCACCGAACCUUGGGGAGGGGAUGCCCCCGAGGGUGCCAGUCCAGCCAGCUGCCCUGCCCCUCAGGCCCGGCCUGGCCCCUGCAUUCCCCCGUCUGGUGCCCCAAGCAUCCCCCCUGGCAGGCGGCCCCCCGCCAUGGCCGAGCACCUGGAGCUGCUGGCAGAGAUGCCCAUGGUGGGCAGGAUGAGCACGCAGGAGCGGCUGAAGCAUGCCCAGAAGCGACGGGCCCAGCAGGUGAAGAUGUGGGCCCAGGCUGAGAAGGAGGCCCAGGGCAAGAAGGGCCACAGGGAGCAGCUGCAGAAGGAGGCGGCCGGCGGCAGGACGCAGAAGAGGGUCCUCUUCCCUCCCAGCGUCACCCUUCUGGAGGCUGCUGCCCGAAAUGACUUGGAGGAAGUCCGCCACUUCCUUGAGAGUGGGGUCAGCCCUGACCUGGCCAACGAGGAUGGCCUGACAGCCCUGCACCAGAGCUGCAUCGAUGACUUCCGGGAGAUGGUGCAGCAGCUCCUGGAGGCUGGGGCCAAGGUCAACGCCCGUGAUAGUGAGUGCUGGACACCCCUGCAUGCUGCGGCCACCUGUGGCCACCUGCAUCUGGUGGAGCUGCUCAUUGCCCGUGGUGCUGACCUUUUGGCGGUCAACAGUGACGGGAACAUGCCCUAUGACCUGUGUGAGGAUGAGCAGACACUGGACUGCCUGGAGACGGCCAUGGCCAAUGGAGGCAUCACCCAGGACAGCAUCGAGGCGGCCCGGGCCUUGCCUGAGCUGCACAUGCUGGACGACAUCCGGAGCCUGCUGCGGACGGGGGCCGACCUCGACGCGCCCCAGGACCACGGGGCCACGCUGCUACACAUCGCUGCCGCCAACGGGUUCAGCGAGGCGGCUGCCCUGCUGCUGGAACACCGGGCCAGCCUGAGCGCCAAGGACCGCGACGGCUGGCAGCCGCUGCACGCCGCGGCCUACUGGGGCCAGGUGCACCUGGUGGAGCUGCUUGUGGCGCACGGGGCCGACCUGAAUGGGAAGUCUCUGAUGGACGAGACGCCGCUUGACGUAUGCGGGGACGAGGAGGUGCGGGCCAAGCUGCUGGAGCUGAAACACAAGCACGACGCGCUCCUGCGCGCCCAGGGCCGCCAGCGCUCUCUGCUGCGCCGACGCACCUCCAGCGCGGGCAGCCGGGGGAAGGUGGUGAGGCGGGUGAGCCUGACCCAGCGCACCAGCCUGUACCGCAAGGAACAUGCCCAGGAGGCCAUCGUGUGGCAACAGCCGCCGCCCACCAGUGCAGAGCCACUGGAGGAGGAUGAGGACGGCUUGACAGACGUGGAGCUCCGGCUGCCGCACCCCCAGGUGAGCCCCGCCCAGCACAGCUGCCGGCCUGGGCUUCACCAUCUCCGCGUGGAGAGGGCGGUGACCUAACAUUGGUGCCUCAGUUCUUCCCCUGCCCGCCCCAGGAGCUGGUGGGACCGGUGACCCUGUACUCGUAUACCUGGCUAGUGCCCCAUAGGGGUCAGCUGCUGUCCCCACCCUCGUGUCUGCCCUUCGA